UUUUGAAACGACUAACAUCUGAGUCACACUGUUGGUUCCACUGCGCAUCGCAUGUUCAACAAAUGUUGUUUUCCCAACCAACAGAGCUAUAAAUUGCGUGCCAUCUCACAGAGAAUCUAAGGUAGGUUUUAAACAUCCUCUUCACGAUGAAGGCUGCAGCUAUCUUCACACUGUUUCUGCUUGUGUCGUCUGUCCAUGGAAACGGCUUCACGGAUUUCUUUAAGAACGUUGGUAACAAGCUCGGGUCGUUCUUCACCACUGUCGGCCACAGCCUGCUUCACCAACUGGACACCACAGGGGUGGACCUGCUCAACGCGGGAGUAUCGGCUGGCAAGCAGUUGGUAUCGCAAGGCCUUCAGGCUUUGGCUCUGAACACUGCAAAUGCACUCCAGAACAGAAACAACUCUAAACGAGCUCUCAGCCCCGAGUUUCAACGUCUCGAGGCAGACAUACACGGAGUUAUUGAUAAGGCUGGAGAUGAUCUGAAACGUGUGAUUACCUGGGCUGAAGGCAAAGUCAGUGGCAUCCUUGUACAAGGCGUUAAAGGAACCAUUACACCGGACGAGGCUCUCACAAAACUGAAGAGUAUUGUAGGUAUGCACAAUACGGCGGCCGGUGCUUUCGAGAAACUGGUUCUGGAAGGAGUUGAGGGUUUGACGAGCUCCAUGACACUAUAUCUGUACAUUGCUAGGUAUGCACAAUACGGCAGCCGGUGCUUUCGAGAAAAUGGUUCUGGAAGGAGUUGAGGGUUUGACGAGUUCCAUGACACUAUAUCUGUACAUUGCUAGGUAUGCACAAUACGGCGGCCGGUGCUCUCGAGAAACUGGUUCUGGAAGGAGUUGAGGGUUUGACGAGCUCCAUGACACUAUAUCUGUACAUUGCUAGGUAUGCACAAUACGGCGGCCGGUGCUUUCGAGAAACUGGUUCUGGAAGGAGUUGAGGGUUUGACGAGCUCCAUGACACUAUAUCUGUACAUUGCUAGGUAUGCACAAUACGGCGGCCGGUGCUCUCGAGAAACUGGUUCUGGAAGGAGUUGAGGGUUUGACGAGCUCCAUGACACUAUAUCUGUACAUUGCUAGGUAUGCACAAUACGGCGGCCGGUGCUUUCGAGAAACUGGUUCUGGAAGGAGUUGAGGGUUUGACGAGCUCCAUGACACUAUAUCUGUACAUUGC